AUGUGGCCCCCUCUCCACUUGGCCAAGAGAUGCAAUAAGCUUAAGGUAAGACGACUGACGACGCAUCAUGUGUGCAUGGCACUGUCAGGCAUCUCAACUCGAGUCAUUCCUCGAAAUGUUACCAUGGACCAUGUCCGGCGGUAUAACGUCGAGCGAUCUUGUCUCCGCUGCCAUCAGCGCAAGGUCCGCUGCGACAAGGGUUCCCCCUGUGCGGCCUGUGUCCGCAUGAAAGUCCCCUGCCAGUAUCCAGGCCCUAAUCGAGUCCAACGCCGGCCGCCAAAAGCGUCUUCGGCAGAUGUAGUCUCUCGGAUAGAUCAAUUGGAGAGAGCCGUGACGGAGCUGAUUCGGCGGCCGUCCACUGCCAGUCCAAUACACGACAACGAGGUCAAUGUGACACGAGCCGCUGCUCCUGAGCGUCAGCUUCGGCAGGGUCUGCUGGUGCGAGACGGUCGGUAUAUUGACGAACACCUGCUGUCUGGGUUCCUUGAGAAAGACCAGGAACUGCAAACCGCUAUUGGCACGCCUCGGUCUGCUGGAAAGAGCCCUGGACGACAGUCUCCUCUGCGGGUGGAGGGCCUCAUUACCAACUCACUGCGCGAACACGUAGAUUUCCAGGCCCUGCAGCCUAGUCGAUGGCAAGCCAUCCAGCUCUGGCAGACCUUUCUUGGUCGUGUCGAUCCAGUGGUGAAGAUUCUUCAUAUUCCGUCGACGCAGCCACGGGUCUUUGCGGCCAUCAACCAGCGUGGGGAUGCGCUUGCAGAUACCCAGGCGCUCCUGUUCGCCAUUUGCUUUGCAGCCACAACCGCUUUACACUCGGAUGACCCCUCGCGGGAGGAAAUCUGCUCGGAUAUUCGCCGGUAUCAGCAGGGGUUCGAGCUUGCCCUCUAUCGCUCUUCGUUCCUGGACACACCAACUCUGAUCUCGCUGCAAGCCAUGGCCAUCUACCAGACAUGUCUCCGGUAUCACAACAGCGGCCGCUCCAACUGGACACUUCACGGCCUCACCACUCGCGCCGCCCAAUCCAUCGGCCUUCAUCGCGACGGACGGCACUUCAAUCUCUCGCCACUGGAAUGCGAACUCCGCCGCCGACUGUGGUGGCACAUUGUGACGUGCGACCAACGCGCCGCGGAGGAUCACGGCCUCUCCAUCAUCGCGCACAAUGAACCUUGCGACACGAACCUGCCGUCCAACCUCGACGACCAGGAUCUCUCCGCAACGGCGACAGUUCCCCCGGCACCUCAGCCGCGCUGGACGGAGAUGACUUUCCCCCUGCUUACGAUCCAAAUCAACCGCCAUUUGCAUGAGAUCUCACGAAAGACCUCGCAGGGUGUCUCGCCAGAUCCGCUCGUUAGGGAACUCAAGGACUACAUUCAGCGGAAUUACCUGCAAUACGGGGACGCCAAUAUUCCGAUCCAACAGCAGGGCCUUGUUCUCGCAGACGUCCUCACCACGAAAGUCGCAGUCUACGUGAGGCAGAAAGCACUACAGAUUCACAGCCAGGGCCAGAGCCAGUGCCCACCGCAGGAAAGUGCGACGGCGCAGGAGACGCUGGCGAUGGCUUGCCAUGGCCUUGAACGUGCACUGGAACUGCAGACGAACGACCUGCUCCGUGGCUUCCGCUGGCUUACCGCCACGUACACCCAGUAUCACCUCCUGUGUUACAUCCUGUGGCAUCUGUGUGUGUAUCCAGCGAGCGUACAUGUUGAGCGGGCAUGGCGCAGCGUCGAGGCGAUCUUUGAGGUGGUGGAAAGGGAUCCCACGUGGCCUGACCCGGGGCCCAAAUGGGCGGUUAUGUCCCAAUUGAGAGCCAAGGCGAUGAGAGCGAGGGAAGGAUUGACCAAUCGGCAGGCCGAUGUGCAGGAAAAGGGACCAGAGAAUGUCUUGGACUGGGGGAAUUGGGAUCUGGAGUUGUUCGGGUUUGGGGAGUGGACUAUUUGA